GACCCCUAUGUGGUUGUCAUCACAUACCCUUGUGGUCCAUGGGGCAAUUGGUCAAGAUUCAACUUGGCAAAAGGUGGAGUUGCUGCCGAGACGGUCGAGAACCUCAGAGAGCAAGGCCGCUCUGUCCUGCGAGCCAUCGACAAAACAGUGAAAGACCGCAUCAAUGCCAGCCGCCAUGUCUUCUUGGAGCAGCCACGUGGUUCACAAAGCCAUGAUGAGCCCGAGAUGAAAAAAGUGAAGCGCCUCCUUGAAGAAGGCAAGUUGACCAAGAUCCAUGUCGAUGGCUGCGUGGUGGGUCACUACGAUGCGGAGUCAAAGCUUCCCCAUGGGAAGCCCAAUCGCUGCCUCCAGUGUCUUCAACAACUGCAA